CAAAGGACAGACCACAUGGGCCCGACUUUCCCUUAUAGGCUUUCCAUUAUUGUUUCAUCAAUCAAUCACCGUAAGAUGCUUAGCAGAUCAACGGCUGAAUCUCUCCCCACGUUCCCAUCUCAUUUGCCUUUGGAUCCUCGUAUUGCCCUCAAGGCUCAUUUUCCUCCACGAUUCACUCACCGUAACCGUCAGAUUCACUCCCAAUCUGACGGCUGUGAUCACACUAAUCUACUAUUCCUUCCCGACACGAUUUCACAACUAAAGGAUGUCUCGUCACUUCUCAAGUCCCGCUCUUUUCAUCUCUAUCUGCGAUACUUCUUCGCCAGCUUCCGACACACACACACACUCUCUCUCUCUCUCUAUCUUCAGAGGAGAUUCGAAAUGCAAGAGCAAGCGACAAGCUCUUUAGCUGCAAGCUCUCUACCAUCAAGCAGCGAGAGAUCAUCAAGCUCUAAUCCACAUUUGGAGAUCAAAGAAGGACUUGAAAGCGAUGAGGAGAUACGGCGAGUGCCGGAGUUUGCAAAAGAAACCUCUGGAUCAGGGAACGGCCAGGACAGGGCACAGACAACGACGGUCGGAGAAGGUCAAAGGAAGCGAGGGAGGACUCCGGCGGAGAAAGAGACCAAGCGGCUAAAGAGGUUGUUGAGGAAUAGAGUAUCAGCACAGCAAGCAAGAGAAAGGAAGAAAGCUUACUUGGGUGAGUUGGAGAACAAAGUGAAAGACUUGGAGAACAAUAACUCUGACCUUCAAGAGAGACUCUCUACUUUGCAGAACGAGAACCAGAUGCUUAGACAGAUUCUGAAGAACACAACAGGAAACAAGAGAGGAGGCGGUGGUUCUAACGCUGAUGCAAGCCUUUGAUCUCUCCCCACCUUUGUUCUUUUCCUAUUUUAUGUGGAUAAAAAUUACAGGGAAAUUGUAUUAAUAAAAUUAUUGUUACGA